AUGUCGAAAACAACAUCGGCAAUCGUUGUUCUCUUCUCCGUCGUCUUUCUCGUGGGUGUAGUCGCCGGACGGGGACCCCACGUCAUCAACUUCCGAUCGGAGAACCUUUUCCCGGAGUCCUUCGUGUGGGACCCAAGGUCCCAGCACUUCGUCGUUGGCUCUCUACGCUAUCCGAAGCUCGUCUCCGUCUCCGACGCCGGCGUAUCCGAAACCCUGAUCUCCGACGCCUCUCUCCCGGCGGACUCGAAGAUCCUGGGCAUCGCCCUCGACCGGAGACACUACCGCGUCCUCGCCGUCGUCCACCGCCCCGCGCCGGAACCCUUCAACGCCCUCGCGGCCUACGACCUCAUCUCCCUCCGCCGCAUCUUCCUAACCCCCCUCAUCGACGACGAAGAAGAAGAUGAUCGGAACCCUAACCCUAACCCUAGCCAAUCCGUCGCAAACGACGUCGCGACGGAUUUCUCUGGAAACGCUUACGUCACCAACUCCGGGAGAGAUCUCAUCUGGAAAGUCAACUUCGACGGCGAGGCCUCCGUGCUGUCCAGAUCGAAGGCGUUCAAAUCGUAUCCGGUGGACGCCGCCGCCGACUACCACAAAUGCGGCCUAAACGGCGUCGUUUACAUCUCCAAGGGCUACCUACUCGCCGUCCAAUCCAACACCGGGAAGCUCUUCAAAGUCGACGUCGAACACGGCGGCGCGAGGACCGUUCUCCUCAACAAGGACUUAACGGCGGCGGACGGGAUCGCCGUCAGGCGCGACGGCGUCGUGGUGGCGGUUAGCCACCGGAAGCUGUAUUUCCUAAAAAGCCAAGACAGCUGGAUGGAGGGGGUGGUGUUUGACGAAACUGCCCUCGAAGAAGACCGGUUCGCUUCCGCGGUGACGGUGGGGAAUUUGGACAGGGUGUACGUGUUAUAUGGGCAUAUCAACGAGGGCAUUAUGGUAAAUGCGGAGAGGGAUGAAUUUGGAAUAAUGGAAAUAGAGUCUGAAAAUGAAAAGAGCGAAGACAAUGUUUGGAUCUUUGUUCUUAUUGGUUUGGGUUUAGCUUAUUUCAUGUUUUGGAGAUUCCAAAUGCGCCAUCUUGUGGAUAGCUUGAACAAGAAAAGGCUUUGA